GUACAUAGCCGAUGGUUUUUACUAAAAUAUUAGGCAAAGAGUUGAGUACUAAAUAUUGAAACGACCGAGUAAUAAACAGAAGAGAACGACCCCAAAGAGAAUCUCAUUGUUGCUUACGUUCUAUUCUAAAUUUUCUCCCGAAAUGUUUAGUAUCAGCUUUAAAAUUAUCCAUGACUAUUCUUUUAGCCCGGCGGAUGCAAGUUUGCUAAUGAAAGAUGUUCGCUAAGGUCUAGUAGAAUCAAAGCUGGAUCUGGAGGUGCAGCGGAAGGAUUCUUCUUCGCCGAUUGGUUGGUUAAAACUUUCAAAGCUUUGCACAUGAAGCCGGAAUUACUACAGGGAGUCUAUGCGAUGGGUUUCAACGCCCCUUCCAAGAUUCAGGAGAUGGCUCUACCUACUCUGUUGGCCGGUCCGCCACGGAAUAUAAUCGCUCAGUCAGUCGGGAAUAGGAAAAACCGCUGCCUUCGUGCUGGCAAUGCUCAGUUGAGUCCAUCAGUUGAAAAACUAUCUGCAGGUGAUUUGCCUUUCCCCCACGUAUGAGCUGGCAAUUCAGUAGGGGAAGUAGCUGCCAAAAUGGCAAAGUCUUGUCCGGAAAUCAAACUUCCUUACGCCGUUCGUGGUGAGUAGACCGUCAAAGGGGCGAAGCUGACUAAUCAUAUCAUCAUCGGAACACCCGGCAAGCUAAUGGACUGGGGUAUAAAGUUCAGGACGUACGACCUAGUUUUCCCUUUUUGUACUGGACGAGGCGGGUGUUAUGGUCGGUGUUAUUCUUGGCCACGUACGAGCGCGAGGUGAUGGAGUUUGCCGAGUACAUCGUACCCAAUCCGAUCGUCAUUCGGCAGGCCCCGGGAGCAAGAAUCACUCGAUAACAUCACACAGUACUACGUCAAGUUCCGCAUCCAGGACGAGAAAUUGUGUGAUUACCGUCGGACAAGCGAUCAUUUUCUGUCAUAUGAUGUAUAGGACAAUUGUAAACUCCAAGUAAACUUAUUUUCAGAACUGUUAAUCGAUCGAAACAGGUACGCAAAACGGCCGGUUGGUUGACCGGCAGGAUGUCCCAGGAUGGUCACUCGGUAGCGGUACUGUCCGGUGAUCUAACGGUGGAGCAAUGGUUGGACGCUCUGGAUCGAUUCCGAACCGGACUAAAGAAGGUACAGAUUAUAACGAACGUUUUGUCCAGGGGUAUCGACGUCGAACAGGUGACCAUUGUCGUCAACUUCGACCUGCCGAUGGAUCAGCAGGGACGAGCCGAUUGCGAAACGUAUCUACAUCGAAUUAGACGCACCGGUAGAUUCGAACGGAAUCACCAUCAACCUAGUGGGCAGUGAUCGAAGAAUGAUGAUUUGCAGAUCAAUCAAAAAACACUUCCGGAAAAAGAUUCAGUUGCUAGACGCGGAGAACUCGGACGAAAUUGAAAAGAUCGCACCGUAAAGUGUUUUCGACCAGCUACUGGUGAAAAGCGUAGGAGCUUUUUUGGGUCAUACUUGUUUUGAUUCUGAAUUUAUAAUUUUAUAUUUUUUUUAAAUUUUUUUUCUUCCUUGACCUGACAUAAGGUAUACAAAUGUAACCAACAGGGUAUCGUAAGCUAAUAAAUUUACAAUUACAAUUACAAUUUAGCUCUACCCAGUUCUGCCCAAACAUUUGAAAAGGGCCUAUCUGCAAAAUGUAACAAAUUGAAAUUUCAUGUUUUCCAAUAACAAAUAUCUACCCGAGCACGUACAUAACGUAACAUUUGAUUUUGAAGAAUUUUGAUAGCGAUUUUACAACAAUUUAUAAAAGGCCCUAAUUGAUUUUUAUGACCGAACUGAUUAUGAAAGGACCUAACUGAUUGAAAAGUGCCUAACUAGCAAUACACUCAUUUUAAAUGGAUUAU